AUGGCGUCCGCAACUCCCGGCGGAGAUACUGUGGUGGGCAGUGAUGUAGCCAUGACGGAGCGCGACCAGCCCUGCACUCUCGCGGUCCAGCGCACUGCCUCGGGCCUCAAGCGUCUGCAUGACGGAGAGAUCAAGCGCAGCGGUGGCGGUGGCGGCGGCGGCGAUGCUGAUAAGGACGCGGAUCAGCUUCCGAAAGUGCUCGAGGACGGCGUUACGGCCGCGGCUAUUGAGAGCAAGACCGACAGCGGCAGCGGCAACAGCGGUGGGCCGCAAACGCAGGCGCCCGCGUCCGGGGAGUCAGAGCCCACAACCGCUGAGCCCGCCGCAAUCAGCGCGACGGACAAGUCCCAUGGCUCAUCUGCCGCGGCGAAGGGUGUCGACGACAGCAGUGGCGGCGGUGGCGGCAAUGGCGGCGGCGCGGCGGCGGCCGACCCGUCUGUCGAGCCUGCGGAUCCAACUGCCGCGGCGCCGUACGUGACUGAUGCAGCAGCCGGUACCGGCGGCACCGAGGCUUCCAAGCCUGGCCAAGAUGGCGGCAGCGGCGGCGGCGGCGGCGACGCUAAGGAGCUGCCGACGGACGCAACGGCUUCUCCAUCGGCAAAGCAGCCGUCCAACACUGCACCCAUGGGCGGCGGUGACGGCGGCAAGGCGCCAGACCUCGCCUCCGGCGCGCAGUUCCCGCCGCUGAGUACCGAGGCAACGGAGGCAGGCGUUGCCACCGCCAAGGCUGAGGCGGAGCCCGGGGAGGGCGACCGCACCUUCGCGGAUGCGGCGACGGCCUGA